CAGCCGCCGUAGCGGGGUGUGGCGAAGGGCGGAAGCGGCGGUGCGCGGAGCAGGAAGGAGGAAGCCAUGGCGGCGGCGGAGGCCGAGUGGGAGCCCGCGGGGCUGCUGCCGGCCGCGGGGGGCGGCCUGGACUGGGAGGCGGUGCUGGGCGAGGAGCUGGGCGAGCUGCUGGGCGCCGCCGGGCCGCCGCGGGAGCUGGGGGACGAGGCCGAGGUGAGCGAUCUGUAUAACUUUCAUUUUGACUUGGACUUGAUGUCCUGGGACUCGGACCUUUGGAACAUUACAAGCCACGCUUACUCAGAUGCAAACGUGAAGACAGAGCCCUUAUCACCAGCCACUUCAAGUUGUUCAGUCCCUUCUCCAUCGUCUGUGGACUCGCCAGUGCAGAAUGUGCCUGAUGAUAUGGACUUCAGCUGCAGCUCCCAGAUGUCUCCCAUCUCCCUCUACAUCAAGAGUUCUGGAAGCCCCGCAUCCCCCGAAGGAGAUGCAGGGAAGAAGCCUGCUGUCAGCACCCCGUCUCGCUCUGCAAAUAAUUCCGUGAAAACUCUGAAGAAAUGUCAGUCGGCGUCUAGGCCUUCAAUACAACCGAAACCCCUUCUGCCUGCCGUACCUGAGGCUCAGGCUAACAUUGGCAUCCCAGCUAAAACCAUCAUUAUUCAGACUCUUCCAACGCUUGUGCCACUGCCGAAGCAUCAGCCAGUUGUUAACAUCCAGCCAGCACCUCCCAAAGGUCAAUCAGUGGUGCUCCCCCAGCCCACCGUGGUACAGCUCCAGGCUUCUGGGGUGCUUCCUGCCUCCCAGCCAGUCAUUGCGGUCACUGGGGGGACCACGCAGCUCCACAAUCACACGGUGAAUGCGCUGCCCCCGGCUGCUGGAAAUGGCUCAACAAGUGGCAAAAUCGCAGUGACUAAACCCUUGCUGCAAAGCACCACACCGACGGUGGGGCUGGAUGUCAAUGUCCUGAGAAGACAGCAGCGCAUGAUCAAAAACCGGGAGUCAGCCUUUCAGUCACGGAAGAAAAAAAAAGAAUACAUGUUGGGACUAGAGGCCAGGCUGGAGGCAGCCUUACUGGAGAAUGAGAAACUCAAGAAAGAAAACAGCACACUGAAGAGGCAGCUGGAUGAAGUGGUAUUAGAGAACCAGAAGCUCAAAGUAUCAUCUCCUAAGAGAAGAACCCUGUGUGUGAUGGUGAUACUGGCUUUCAUAAUGUUGAAUUAUGGUCCACUGAGUAUAUUCGAAAAAGAUCCCAAUGGAGUUGACUCCACUGUGAGUUCCAACCACCGGACCCGAAAUCUUCUGGAGUUCUCAGCUAGCCAGGAGCCCAGCACAGCGCAGAAAAUACCUGGGGACAUAAUUUCCGAGAAGAGUAAUAGGUAUGAUCAUUCUGUGUCUGAUAACAAAGCACUGAUGAUAGUAUCAGAAGAACCACUGUUGUAUAUUUCACCACCACCACCACCCUGUCAGCCCCUGAUCAACCGGACAGAGUCACUGAGGCUAAAUCAUGAACUUCGAGGAUGGGUUCAUAGACAUGAAGUGGAAAGAACGAGGUCUAGAAGGCUGUCAAAUAACCAGCAGCAGAAAGCACGGGUUACGCAGAGCUCCCUCAGUGAGAAGGUGGACUCCCAGCUAAUGGCCGUGCCUUAUACAGACACCAGCCUCAGCAGGAACUCAGGGAACGAGCUGCAAGUGUAUUAUGCCUCUCCAAGGAGCUAUCAAGACUUCUUUGAAGCUAUUCGCAGAAGGGAAGAUACAUUCUACGUGGUGUCAUUUCGUAGAGACCACCUGUUAUUGCCAGCCACCACGCAUAACAAGACCAGAAGACCAAAGAUGUCUAUAGUGUUGCCAGCUGUAAACAUCAAUGAGAACGUGAUCAAUGGGCAGGACUACGAAGUGAUGAUGCAGAUCGACUGCGAAGUGAUGGACACCAGGAUCCUCCACAUCAAAAGUUCAUCUGUCCCUCCGUACCUCCGGGAGCAGCGCAGGAAUCACACCGACACCUUCUACAGCUCGUCCCCCUCUGUCUCAGAGACGCCCCAUGCCCUGAGGGCAAUUGUCAAGUCCCUGCAGUAGCUCCUGCAGCGUAGCACCCUGCCUGAGCCCCGACGCUAGCAGGUCCCUGGGGCUCCGGGCACAGCGAGGGCGGCUUAUAGCCCAUUCCUGUGCCUGACCCUACCAAGCGGCCGCACCCUGUCCUGCCCAGGGACUGCAGAGCUCUGCCAGCCGGGGACAGGCCUGGGGGCCCCACGCAGCGUGAUGCCCCGUGCCAGAGGCGUGGGUGACGCACGCUGCCGCAGUCCUGGUGUCCGGCAUCAGCAGCUGGUGCUCAGCGCUGGGGGCACUGGCCAUCCUUGCUACUUAUGCACUGUCCAAAAUU